UCUCUGGUCAGAGCACGGAGAGUUCGGCUGCCAGCGGCGCGUGGAUGCUGGAAGUUCGCAUCCCGUCGGUGGGGCCCGAGGCCGAGGGGACCCGGCAGAGCCCCGAGAAAGGCCACAUGGUGUUCCGAGUGGAGGUGCUGUGCCACGGGCGCAGACACACCGUGCAGAGGCGCUACAGCGAGUUCCACGCGCUGCACAAACGGAUCAAGAAACUGUCCAAAGUGCCCGACUUCCCCUCGAAACGCCUGCCCAACUGGAGGACCAGAGGACUGGAGCAGCGGCGGCAGAGCUUGGAGGCCUAUAUCCAGGGCAUCCUAUACUUGAACCAGGAUGUGCCCAAGGAACUACUGGAAUUCCUGAGUCUUCGCCACUUGCCCAUAGUCCCCAAGGCCAGCAGCUGGGGCACCCUGGGGGAGUUCCUGCCAGGCAACAGCAGCUCACAGCUGUACCACCGGCCUGUUAUCAGCUUCUGCAUGGAUCCUUAUAUUUGCAUCCCAUCCCCAGAGCCUCUGCCCAACGUGGUGGUGAAUGGUGUGCUCCAGGGCCUCUAUGGCUUCAGCGCCAGCACAGCUAAAGCCCAGCCAGAGGCUGCCUGUCACCCUGCUCCAGUGCCACCAAUGCCCUGACCAGUCCAGAGGGCUUUAGGCCACCUGCCAGGACAGUCAUGUACCUCAGUCCUAUGAAAAGGACAUGGGCUGGGUCAGCCUUGGCCUGGACCCAGGACUCACCACCCUCCACCCCUCCAGGCUCAGAACUCAGCUGCACUGGUAUCUGAGGUGGUAGAAUCCUGCACUCCUAGAGCCCAGGGGCCAAGGUAGGGACAACAGAGGAUAGGGAAUAAAGGGAGAGGGAGAAUUCCUUUAGAAUGUUCAUAGCCCACCAGUUUGGAGGUGGGCUAUGAAAAGGUGCAGGUGUAUUCCUUUACCUACAUCAGGAGAAAGGUGGGGCGGGGCAGGGACAUGCAAAGGCUGAGGCACAGUGGCUAGCCAAGUUCAGAAGCAAGGGGCAAAAACUCCUGCUUGACAUUUUGUGUGUAGCACAUUUUUUUGUGAAUGUUCAGAUCUGUUUCCCCCUGCCCUCCCAGACUUGCGUGGCCAGUUGGAAAUGUCUGGUUUGUGUUCAUCGCUCCCUCAUUUCUGGAGCAUUUCCGGAGGGAAAGGGUUCAGGCCGGAACCCAAGGAGGGGGCAGGCACCACUGCCACAGGAGCCCCAGACAGGCUGGCACUGGACUUGGGGUCGGGGGUGCCGCAGGCCGCAGAACCCAGCCCAUACGCAGAUUAUAAAAAAAACACCUUUUUUUUAAUCGGUCAGUGUUGGUAGGAGUUUGUUACAAAACUGGGCCCGUGGGCCCGCGGAAUGUGAGGGGAGGGGUCCACUCCAUCAGACGCCAGCACUAGGGCCAGUGCAGCAUGGAGCCCUGUGGCGGGCUGUCUUCACCCCCGGGAGGGCAA